AUGGCCCUCUCCCUCCCCCUCAACAUUCCAAAAUGGCUCCAAGAAAACGCUCACCUCCUUCAACCGCCCAUCAACAACUACUGUGUCUACGACGAGCACCUGACGGUAAUGAUUGUUGGAGGCCCCAACGCACGGAACGACUACCACAUCAACGAAACGCCAGAAUGGUUCUACCAGUACAAGGGCGACAUGCUACUCAAGGUCGUCGAGGACAGCGGCAAAUUCAGAGACGUGCAUAUCCAAGAGGGGGACAUGUUUUUGCUUCCUCCGAAUAUUCCGCAUAAUCCCGUGCGGUUCGCUGACACAGUCGGCAUAGUGAUUGAGCAGAAGAGACCGCCGCAGAGCCUCGAUCGCCUGCGCUGGUAUUGCCCGGAUUGUGAGAGUGUGGUGUACGAAGCGGCCUUUCACUGCACGGAUUUGGGCGUGCAGAUCAAGGAGGCUGUCAACAGGUUUAAGGAGUGUGAGGAGUUGAGGAAGUGCGCCAAAUGCGGGGGUAUGGCGACGGCGGCGCCGGCCGCUGUCAGGGGAACUUGACUGGGGGGAGUUUAGGUUGGGUUCUAUGGGAAGGGAGAGGGAGUACCGGUAUUAGUGGAUGGGAAAGGGAAUUGGGGUUGGCGGGUGAAUUUCGGGUUGGUCGUGUGCUACUGCACUACGUGUAAGACAGAUGGUUGAUUGAUCUGCACUGUCCUACGAGUACGAGUACCAUAUCGUACAGUAUCCCAAUUGACCGGCCCGUCGCUCAUCUAAUAUCGUCCCAGGCUGGAUAAAGCAAAUCACCACCCCACCAAAUAAU